AUGCUGCUGCACUUCCGGGAGCUCUUAUUCCAGGGGGUAUCCACCAAUGAGCAAGCGGAGAACUGGCGCAAGGUCUCAGAGCAGGCCGAGAGCGACAUGCAGGCUGCCAAGCAAGAACUCGAGCUGUGCCAAACUGAAUCCGCCGAGCUGCAAAGAAAGCUGACGGAAGCCGAGGCCCUUUGA